UAUUGUUAUUUGUCAUAGUUGUCAAAGUCAUCAUGAUAUGUUUGUGUAAAGAUCUUGUAUUUAUCGUGAUUAAGUUAGAUUUAAUCUAAAGCCGAUACAAAUUAACAAACGCACAUUGUUUAAAACUAUUGACACUGGCAGAAUAACUGCUUAUAACAGAAGGAAAAGUGUAACAUUUUACGAACGCACAAUGCCGAAGGUUGUAUCAAGAAGCAUCGUGUGUUCAGAUACGAAAGACCAGGAAGAAUACAACGAGACAAAGCCAUUACACAUCUACUACUGUUUAUGUGGACAGAUGUCCUUGAUCCUGGACUGUACCAUCGACCGUCUACCUCUCCGGCCCACCGAUGGUGCACGCGUAAUUGAUGGAUCAAAACACGCUCACAAAAUCACCGCAGAUCCUGACGAGACAGUGUUCCUGAAGCGGGAAAAAGGUAUAGAACGACAAUACAGAAUGAAAUGUAAGAAAUGUUCAAUACCAAUAUACUAUAAGAGCGAGCAGGACAGCAAUAUAGUGUUCAUUAUGGAUGGAGCAUUGGUACAGACUGCGGGUGAAGGUGGGGUCACAGAUAUAUAUAAACAGGUCGCUUUGACGCAGCCUAAGAAGAUAAUGGUUACAAAACAUACGAAGAAUAUGGGCAAGUUUAGUUCUGUGACUGUUUCUACAAUAGAUGAGGAAGAAGAUGAGAUAGAAGCGCGAGAAGUAGCAGACAGUUACGCUAACAAUGCUAGAAUAAUUGAAAAGCAGUUGGAAAGGAAAGGAAUGAAUAAGAGACAAGCUGAGACUCCUGCACAGACUUCAGAGAAACGAGUUAGAGGGACUUUGAUUGAAAAAUAAAUUAUAAUUGUUGGUACUGGCUGGGCUACAUACUGUCCACUUCAUUAAUCAAGUGAGGUUGGGCCGAAGAUGCCACCCUGGGGUACGCCAAUCUAUGAAACUCUUCUGUUGCUCUAUUUCAAGUUGUAAAAUAGUACCAAAGUAUUUAUAAGUAAAAAAAACUUUAUCUGCAAAAUUCUGUUAUAAACA